AUGGUGGCUGCGGGAGAGCCCCACCGUGGGGUGGCCGGUGCGCGCGCGUCCGCCGACCGGCUCAUUUUCAAGCUGAAGACCAGGCUGGUGGCCGCUGACCGCAAGGCUCUCGCCUUCGAGUCUGCGCUGCUGCACCUCUUCGGCGACGCGGAGGUUGCGGAGCGGGUGGCCUGUAUUCUUCCUGCCCUCACGUCCCCCCUCGCGGGCGAGCGGCCCGAGGAGCUGGACAUCCUUCGACGCAACGUGGCGCUCCACUCCGAGGGGCCCUGCGGCGUGUCUCUGGUCUCAGCUGGCCAUGCCGAGCUGCGCAAGGCCCAGAAGCACGCGCGUAGGCUCGAGGCGAGGAGGGCGGACACCCAGCCCGCGGCUCACGUGCAGUUGCAGGGCUUCCCGCCCCUCGUGGCCGAGAGCGGGCUCCGUCGUGACGCGCCCCCUUUCGUCCCGAGCACGGGCUGCUGGGUGCCGCUGGACGGCUGCGGCCGCCUCUGCACGUGCGGCGCGACGUACUACUCGUCGUGCUCCCCGCUGCCGCUCUCUGUCGAGGAGGUGUUCGAGGAUCACGGCGACGAGGACUCUCCGUGUGGCGAGGCGGCUGCUGCUGAGUUUCCGACCACGGGCAGCAGGCGUGGGUGCCGCGCGGCCGCGCCGCCGACGGGCCGUCGGCAGCCUGUGGCUCGGCCCCUCAUGCAGGAUGCCGACGUCGAGGCGAAGCUCGUGGCGGACGUUAUCGCGAGCGUCUCCGAGGAGGUCGGCGACGGGAUCGAGGGGGCGACCCUCGAUGGCGAUGACGGCGGCGUCGACGAGAAAAGCGAGCCCACGGUCGAGCUGGAGGCGCUCGUGGGGCGGCUGGGCGCGCUGGUGGAGGGCGCCGAGCCCACGGUCGAGCUGGAGGGCGACCUGGCGGCGCUGUCCGUACGGCAGGGCGCGCUCGAGGAGAGCGCCGAGGCCAAGUGCGAGCUGGAGGCGCUCUCGCAGCGGCCGUGCGCGCUGGAGGCGACCUCGGAGCAGCUGGUCUCGCAGAAGGGCGGCCUGGCCCCGCGUUUUAAGAAUUUGGGUCUCGAGCUUUCCUUGGAGCAUGUUGACAUCGCUAUGCGUAGGCCGACGUGGGCCGCGAUCAAGCUAGCCCCCUCUAUCUUAGCGUCUAGAUCAAAAAGCUGGACCGACAGUUGGAGCACUGGUUCUAGGUAUAGACAGGCGACCUCUCUGUGUAGAUCCGGGUGCGGCUCGCAUGGCGCCAACAAUAUGAAAUACUACCUCCGCCGCCCAGUCGCAGCGCCCACAAUCCUUAAAGCAAUCGCCUUCGCUCCCAGCGUAGUGGGAGGAAGCGGCUUUUUCACAUAUCCCUUGUCUCGACCCCCUCCCAUUGCCGACUCUGCGAGCCUGUGGUCGUUUUUCGUUGCCGCCGAUCUUUUGCGCAUUGCAUUCUGCGGCUUCCGCGCGCGCCAGGCGAUCUCGUCGCCUUUUGCCUGUCCUUUCUUUCACAGGCGCCUGCGCGCCUUGGUGCGGUAA